GUGCUCGGAUCGUGUUCCACACCUGGGAGGCGCGUGAGAGUGGGAGAGCGUGCGGGUCCGCGCGUGGGGAUGUUACCGGAGAGACGACGCAUGCGAUCGGGGUUCUAAGACGCGUUAAAUAAGCACGUAAGGUGACGUGACGCACGGGUGGACAUCACGCGCGCCAGUAAUACCCCGUACCGGGUCGCGUGAGUGGGUGAUGAGCGCAGGGAUGGAGAGUCGGAGCGCGCGCCGCUGUAAGAUCGUAGUGGUCGGAGACUCGCGCUGCGGGAAAACCGCACUGCUGCACGUGUUCGCCAAGGAUUCUUAUCCAGAGAGCUAUGUACCGACUGUAUUUGAAAACUACACAGCGAGCUUCGAGAUCGACAAGUGUCGCAUCGAGCUCAACAUGUGGGACACUUCAGGCACCGACUAUUAUGACAACGUUCGCCCGCUGGCGUAUCCGGACUCGAAUGCUGUUCUCAUCUGCUUCGACAUCAGCAGACCAGAGACACUGGACAAUGUGUUAAAGAAGUGGCAGAACGAGACGCAGGAGUACUGUCCCAGUGCGAAGGUGGUGUUAGUGGGCUGUAAGCUGGACAUGAGGACAGACCUGAACACACUAAGAGAGCUCUCCAAACUCCGACUGAUCCCCGUCACACACGAACAGGGCACGUCUCUGGCGCGGCAGAUCGGCGCCGCUGCAUACGCCGAGUGCACGUCUAAAAACUCGGAGGACAGCGUGCGGGACGUCUUCCACAUCGCCACGGUAACGUCGAUGGGACGAGACACCCAGCUCCUGAAGCGUUCGGGAUCACGGCGAGGUCUCAAACGCGCUUCCCAGAAUCCUCAGCACUCCGAGAUCCUGGAGAGACGCAAAGACCGAGCCAAGAGCUGCACGCUGAUGUAGGGAUCGUGACCUUCCUGUGACCUUCCCGUGACCUCUUGGCCUAUGACCGGAAUCUUCUUUAUAUUUUGUUCAAUGUUUCUGAUGGCGACGUUUUGGGGACGUUCGAGUCGCAGACAUCUGGUGGAGUCGGAGUUCAGACGUCACACGGCAGAUGAGCGACGCCGGGAUUCAAACCACAACGUUUUUAUAUUAUAAUUUCUUUUUUCCUUUAUGGAAUUUUUAACAAUUUUCUGGAUUUAUGGAUUUUGAUUAUCAGUAAAAAACAUUUAUAAACAUUAUUACUGUUCGUUUGUUCACGGGAAAAGCUGCUGCAGGGGGCGGAGCCUGUUAUUAUUAUUAUUUACAUUCUAUUGAAUUUUUUAUUGUGGAUUUCAUUUGGUCUGCUUUUUGUUGGAGUUUAUUAUAAACAUCUUUAUGAUUCAAUGUAAAAAAAACCUUGAAUUUAUUUUUA